AUGCCAUCUGCCGAAGUAGCAAACACGGGCAGCACUCCCGAGACGGUACACGCCACGGGAGCCGAUAUCCCCAAGACGAAUGGCCUCAAGAGGCCCAAUGCCAGUGCUACAUGGCCCGUCAAUUCCGUCAACGGGCGAGGCCGCGCGUCAAGCGGGAGCUCUUCAAAUGCAUCAGUCGGCAGUUUCGACCGCAGUCCGUUCCUGGCACCCGAGAGCUUGAGGAACGGUCUCCAUAUACAAGACAAUCUUCAUUCAGAACCUCCACUUGGAACCCACGAGAACGAGCCGCCUGGUCCGCGAUCACGUGCUUACGCGCACAUACGGUCAUGGGCCGAUGAUCCCAAGACGGCUACCUAUCCCCGCAUAUCGAAGCCGGUAGAGCUCAUGCGCCACUCUUACGACUGUGUGGUCAUCGGAUCCGGCUAUGGCGGCGGUGUCGCCGCGUCCCGGAUGGCUCGUGCCGGCGAAUCAGUCUGCCUGCUUGAGCGCGGCAAAGAGCGCUGGCCUGGCGAGUACCCCAACAGUACGGGCGACGCUGUCAACCAGGUUCACUAUUCCGGUGAAUUUGCCCCUGGCUGGUUGCCCAAGAAAGUCGUCCAAGGCGGAGAUCCGACUGCCAUGUUCCAUCUGGUCUUCGGCAACGGCCAGAACGCCGUUGUGGGUAACGGCCUUGGUGGGACGAGCUUGAUGAAUGCCAAUGUUUUCUUGGAGGCAGAUGACGAAGCAUUGCAACAAGAACAGUGGCCGAAGGAGAUAAGGACGGACCCCGGUUGCUUGAGACCUUACUACAAGAAAGCCGAGGACGUCCUAGAACCAGCAGAGUACCCAGAGGAUUGGCCGACUCUGCCAAAGCUGGAGCUUCUCAAGAGACAAGCAGACUAUCUGAACAUGACCGAGAACUUCAGGAGAGUGAAGCAGACGACACGGUUCCGCAAUGGACCGAACAGCUGCGGCGUUGAGAUGUCGGCCUCUGCCUCUACGGGCCAAGAUGGGACUGGGUUGAACGAUGGGUCCAAGACAACUACGCUUGUCACUUAUCUGGCCGACGCCUGGAACUGGGGCGCCGAGAUGUUCUGCCAGGCAGAGGUCCGAUACAUUACCAAGGCCAAGGGCCGCGAUGGGUACAUUAUCUACUUCGCCUGGCAUGGGCGAAACCGCGGCCACUUCAAAGCUAACCUGCAUGGCGACCUUAUGUGGGUUCAUGCAAGAAAGGCCGUCUUCCUCGGCGCUGGUGCCAUUGGCACUACAGAGAUUCUUCUCAGAAGCAGGGAGAUGGGUCUCCACAUGAGUUCCAAAGUUGGCCAGAACAUGAGCGGCAACGGCGAUAUACUUGCUUUUGGCUACAACACAGAUUACGAGGUGAACGCAGUGGGAAGCUCGUUCCCCUCCCCUUAUCACCCUGUCGGCCCUUGUAUUACCGGCAUCAUUGACAACAGAAAAGGCCAUGACAACCCCUUGGACGGCUUCGUGAUCGAGGAGGGUAGUAUUCCUUCAGCCCUUGCACCUUUCAUGCACGCUUUGCUUGAGUUUCUACCAGGCAGCGUUGAGCCACAGGGCGAGUCUCUUUUCGGACGGUUCAAGGCGAAGCUCGCCAGUGCCGGAAGCUUUUUCCUUGGCCCUUAUUUCCGGAAAGGCGCCAUCGAGAAGACACAGGUAUACCUGAUCAUGUCUCAUGACAGCAACCAAGCCUUCUUGACUUUGAAAGAUGACAAGCCAGUACUCGAGUUUGUCGGCGUCGGUCGUAGCGACCACGUCAAGCGUCUGAACAGUGUACUAGAAAGAGCUACAAAGGCCGUUGGAGGCACUUAUGUGCAGAACCCUUUCUACGCCCUUCUAAACCAGGGGCAGGUCACAGUUCAUCCUAUCGGUGGUGCUUGCAUGGCCGACGAUGGCUCAAAGGGUGUCACAAACCAUGCUGGCGAAGUCUUCACCGGCGAGGGAACAGAUAUCCACAAGGGGCUCAUCGUCACAGACGGUGCCGUCAUUCCGGCCGCCCUUGGUGCGAACCCAUUCGCAACCAUUACCGCUCUGGCGGAACGUUCUCUGGACCUAUAUACAACUCGCGAGGGGCUCAAAAUCAACCUCGAGAAAAACUCCGUCCUCGAUCUCUUUGGCGCUCCUCAGCACCCGCAUGCCCGCAGGAAGUGCAAAUGGGCCGAGCACAUGGAAGAAAAGGUGGAGAACACCAGGAUAUCCAAAGCACACAGUUCAAUGGCAGCCGCCGUCAAAAUGAAGGACGGAGGGUUCGGCUUUACCGAGGUCAUGUCUGGAUACGUCCACCGCGAUCACGGCUUCAAGCGAGACAACCCAGACGCUUACAUAUUGUCGGCCAGAAUGGCCAAGUCCCUCUGCGAGACAGCACGAUUCUUCCUGAGCGUGCAGUCAUUCAACACGCGUUCUAUUGUGCACGACCCCAACCACAAGGCAAUGCUCACGGGCACCUUCGUCUGCCCGACUCUCGAGGGUUCCCCAUUCAUGGUUCAGCGGGGCGACUUCAACCUGUUCUUGGUGGACCACAAGGCCCCUGGGACUCGGAACCUCACUUAUGACUUUGACAUGCGUGGCAUCAACGGCGAACAGCUUCAUUUUCAUGGCUACAAAGUUGUGGAUUCGUCCGUGGCGCUCUCGCCGGUGCACUUCUGGAAGUCGACGAGCACUCUCUAUGUCACAAUCACCAAGCAUAUCCCCGAACAUGAGAGGAAUGCUGCAGACGCGGACGAGGACGGCCUGCUGGGUCCCAUUGUUGCCAGAGGAAUCAUGCGGAUCCAGCCUCAAGACUUCAUAUCCGAGAUCAUGACCCUUACCCCCACCGGCAGCGACAUCCUCAGGAAGGUCAUGAGCGCCGCCAACUUCAUGACCUUCUUUACGCGCAAGUCGAUCUCCCUCUUCCUGGCACCGUUCACGCCUCUGCAAUACCCAAGCCAAUCGUACGCCGGUUUCGUCAACGACACGCCUCCCACAAAGUCAUUCAAGGUCAAGGCCCGUGAUGGUGUCAUCACUGGCCUGCACAUGUGGGAGCCUACUUGCGUAACGGCUGAUGCUCCGGAAAAGAAUCUGUUCAUGAUACCAGGCGCCUCGGUAGACCACCAGAUCUAUGCGCUGCCAACGAUCCGCUACCACGCUGUCAACUACUUCCAGCGAGCCGGGUACCGAGUGUUCAUCACAGUGCACCGCAUCGGCGCGCUCAUGGUGGCGCAGAAUGACUGGACGACUUUCGACGCUCGCCUGGAUAUCAAAGCGUGUUAUGAGUUUAUCCGCAAGAACUAUCCCACUCACCCCACACUCGAUCCAAAGGAGCUCCAAGAGGAAGGAGGGAAAGAGAAAGCAGAGAAAGCGGCAGCAGAGAUGGAGCCCAUCUACACGAUCGCACAUUGUAUGGGCAGCGUGGCGCUCUCAUCGGGUAUGCUCGACGGCACCAUCCCCGGCAGCUGGAUCAAGGGCGUGACGUGCAGCCAGGUGUUCAUGAACCCGAUCUGGAACUCGGUGAACAUGGUCAAGAUCAUGGCGUCGCCGAUCCCGGCGGACAAGAUCUACAAGUUGCUCGCCGGCGACUGGUUCAGCUGCAGCACGAGCAAGAACGACAGCCUGCUGCAGAAGGGCCUGAACGAGCUGCUGCGGCUGUGGCCGGACGAGCGCAAGGAGAUCUGCAACAACGCGAGCUGCCACCGGAUCUCGCUCGUGUUCGCGCGGUGCUGGAACCACCGCAACCUGAACGAGGCGACGCACCGGCAGAUCGACCGCUUCUUCGGUGGCGUCAACAUGACGCUGCUGCACCUGCUGAUGAAGCAGGGGUUCGAGGGCCACGUCAUGUCCAACGGCCCGCUGUUCGAGCGCCUCGACACACCCGAGAACGUGCUGCGGCUGCGCGGGAUCCCGUUCCUGCUGUUUGUCGGGCGUGAUAAUGCUGUGCUCAGCCCCGAGAGCACCGAGCGCACGUACGAGGCCCUCACCGACGCUUUUGAUACACGCCUCGACGACGGCAUCCAGUACCGCCGCCGCGUCGUGCCCGACUACGGCCACCUCGACUGCUGGAUGGGCCGCAAUGCCUGGAAGGACGUCUACCCCUUUGUCAGGGAGGAGGUCGACCGCGUGGUGCGCGGGCCUGAGUACCGGUUUGUUGAGCCUAAUGACAAGUUUAAGGAGAUGGUUGACUCGGGCAAGCUGCUCGCCAGGUAG